AUGAAGGUUCGCAGUUCUUUGUCGGACAGGCACGGGUUCCUCGCCGUGGUUUUGCUUAUCCUCAUCGGCGUCGGGCUCGUCAUCUCCAGUUUCAGCCGAGUGGGGACCUCCAUGCUUUGCUCGCUGGCGGGCCCCACAUUUCUCGGCGCCGUAGACGAGAACUACUCGCCUACGGGGAUCCAGCUCCAAGCCAUUCUCCACUACGCCACGUCGCGCCAGACCCCGCAGCAAUCGCGCGGCGAGAUCGGCGUCUCCUUCGAGGUCCUCAAGGCUAGCGCGCCGUGCAACUUCCUCGUGUUCGGUCUCGGCUUCGACUCGCAAAUGUGGGCGUCGUUCAAUCCACGCGGCACCACGCUGUUCCUGGAGGAGGACCCCAAGUGGGUCCAGACCGUCCUCAAGGACGCGCCGCAUCUGCGGGCGCAGACGGUGCGCUACCGCACGCACCUCAAGGAAGCGAACGGUCUCCUAUCCUCGUACCGAUCUGAACCGUCGUGUUCUCCAUCCGAGGCGGUCCUGCGUGGCAACGCGCAGUGCAGGCUGGCGCUGAACAACCUGCCGGACGAGGUGUACGAGAGGGAAUGGGACCUGAUCAUGAUCGACGCGCCGCGCGGGUAUUUCCCGGAGGCGCCGGGGCGGAUGGCUGCUAUAUUCUCGGCAGCUGUGAUGGCGAGGAGGAGGCAGGGAUCUGGUGUGACGCACGUGUUCCUGCACGAUGUGAAUCGGAGGGUGGAGAAGGUGUAUGCGGAGGAGUUCCUGUGCAAGAAGUACUUGGUUAAGGCCGUGGGGAGGCUCUGGCACUUUGAGAUUCCCUCCGCCGCCAACGCGACGGAAGUGGACGGCGAACGCUUUUGCUAA